GGGCCGGAGCUGCCGGAGGAGCCGUCGCGGAGGGAAGCGGGUCCCGCAGGCGCCGCGAUGCCGGCCGUGUCCAAGGGGGACGGGAUGCGGGGCCUGGCGGUCUUCAUCUCCGACAUCCGCAACUGUAAAAGCAAAGAGGCCGAAAUCAAGAGGAUCAACAAGGAGCUGGCGAACAUCCGCUCCAAGUUCAAGGGGGACAAGGCCCUGGACGGCUAUAGCAAGAAGAAAUACGUGUGCAAACUGCUCUUCAUCUUCCUGCUGGGCCAUGACAUCGACUUCGGGCACAUGGAGGCCGUCAACCUGCUGAGCUCCAACAAGUACACGGAGAAGCAGAUUGGUUACCUGUUCAUCUCGGUGCUGGUGAACUCCAACAGCGAGCUGAUCCGCCUCAUCAACAACGCCAUCAAGAACGACUUGGCGAGCCGCAACCCCACCUUCAUGUGCCUGGCGCUGCACUGCAUCGCCAACGUGGGCAGCCGCGAGAUGGCCGAGGCCUUCGCCUCCGAGGUGCCCCGCGUCCUGGUGGCCGGCGACACCAUGGACAGCGUCAAGCAGAGUGCGGCCCUCUGCCUCCUGCGCCUCUACAAGACCUCGCCCGACCUGGUGCCCAUGGGCGAGUGGACGUCCCGCGUGGUGCACCUGCUCAACGACCAGCACAUGGGUGUGGUCACGGCCGCCGUCAGCCUCAUCACCUGCCUCUGCAAGAAGAACCCCGACGACUUCAAGACAUGCGUCUCCCUGGCCGUGUCCAGGCUGAGCCGGAUCGUGUCGUCAGCCUCCACGGACCUGCAGGAUUACACCUACUACUUUGUGCCAGCCCCAUGGCUCUCUGUGAAACUCCUGCGCCUGCUGCAGUGCUACCCUCCGCCAGAGGACGCAGCGGUGAAGGGGCGGCUGGUCGAGUGCCUGGAGACCAUCCUCAACAAGGCGCAGGAGCCCCCCAAGUCCAAGAAGGUUCAACAUUCCAACGCGAAGAACGCCAUCCUCUUCGAGGCCAUCAGCCUCAUCAUCCACUACGACAGUGAACCCAACCUGUUGGUGCGGGCCUGUAACCAGCUAGGCCAGUUCCUGCAGCACCGGGAGACCAACCUGCGGUACCUGGCGCUGGAGAGCAUGUGCACCCUGGCCAGCUCCGAGUUCUCCCAUGAGGCUGUCAAGACCCACAUCGAGACGGUCAUCAAUGCCCUCAAGACGGAGCGGGAUGUGAGCGUGCGGCAGCGUGCGGCCGACCUGCUCUACGCCAUGUGCGAUCGCACCAACGCCAAGCAGAUCGUGUCUGAGAUGCUCAGCUACCUGGAAACGGCCGACUACUCCAUCCGAGAGGAGAUCGUGCUGAAGGUGGCAAUUCUGGCGGAGAAGUACGCGGUGGAUUACAGCUGGUACGUGGACACCAUCCUCAACCUGAUCCGCAUCGCGGGCGACUAUGUGAGCGAGGAGGUCUGGUAUCGCGUCAUCCAGAUCGUCAUCAACCGCGACGACGUCCAGGGCUACGCUGCCAAGACCGUCUUCGAGGCCCUGCAGGCUCCCGCCUGCCAUGAGAACAUGGUGAAGGUCGGGGGCUACAUCCUGGGGGAGUUCGGGAACCUCAUCGCCGGAGACCCCCGCUCCAGCCCCUUGGUGCAGUUCAACCUGCUGCAUUCCAAGUUCCACCUGUGCAGUGUGGCCACCCGGGCCCUGCUCCUCUCCACGUACAUCAAGUUCAUCAACCUCUUCCCCGAGACCAAGGGCACCAUCCAGGAGGUGCUGCGCUCCGACAGCCAGAUCCGCAACGCCGACGUGGAGCUGCAGCAGCGGGCCGUGGAGUACCUGAAACUCAGCUCCAUCGCCAGCACCGAUGUCCUGGCUACGGUGCUGGAGGAGAUGCCGCCCUUCCCAGAGCGCGAGUCGUCCAUCCUGGCCAAGCUGAAGAGGAAGAAGGGCCCCGGGGCCGGCAGCGAGCUGGACGAGGGGAAGAAGGAGCCCGGCGCGGAGCUCAACGGGGGCGUGGAGCCCACGGCCAGCACCACCUCCACCCCCUCGCCAUCGGCUGACCUGCUGGGGCUCCGGGCGGCCCCCCCCACCAGCUCCGCCGCCCCCACCAGUGCCGGGAACCUGCUGGUGGACGUCUUCUCCGACAACACCUCUGCCACGCCUGGCCUGGCUCCUGGCACCGAGGACAACUUCCUUAGCUCGGAAACAGCUGCUUCCUCCGAUGACCCUGCUUUGCCUAUCUCUGAAGCUGAUGAGCUGCUAAACAAGUUUGUGUGUAAGAAUAACGGGGUGCUCUUCGAGAACCAGCUGCUGCAGAUCGGGGUGAAAUCAGAGUUCCGGCAGAAUCUGGGCCGGAUGUAUCUGUUCUAUGGGAACAAGACGUCGGUUCAGUUCCAGAGCUUCACCCCGACCGUCACCUACCCCGGCGAGCUGCAGAGCCAGCUGAACAUCCAGACGAAGGCCGUGGACCCGCUGGUGGAGGGCGGCGCGCAGGUGCAGCAGGUGCUGAACAUCGAGUGUCUGAGCGACUUCACCCUCGCCCCCCUGCUCAACAUCAAGUUCAGGUAUGGGGGCACCCUGCAGAACAUCACCCUCAAGCUGCCCGUCACCCUGAACAAGUUCUUCCAGGCCACCGAGAUGCUGUCGCAGGAUUUCUUCCAGCGCUGGAAGCAGCUCAGCCAGCCUCAGCAGGAAGCCCAGAAGAUCUUCAAAGCAAAUCACCCCAUGGACUCCGAGGUGACCAAGGCCAAGCUCCUGGGCUUUGGCUGUGCCCUGCUGGACAAGGUGGACCCCAACCCCGAUAACUACGUAGGCGCCGGCAUCAUCCAGACCAAGUCGCUACAGGUCGGCUGCCUCCUGCGGCUGGAGCCCAAUGCCCAGGCCCAGAUGUACCGUCUGACACUGCGCACCAGCCGGGAGCCCGUCUCGCGGCACCUCUGCGGGCUGCUGGCCGAGCAGUUCUGAGGCCGGGGCUGCGGCCGGCUCUGGGGGGUGUCUGCACCGAGCCCCUGCCCCGUUCUGUCGUCGUGGUAACCGUGUUCUCAUUGCCUGGCCCGUGGGGGCCCAGCACUUCGGAUGGACCAAGGGGGGCCCCCCUCAGGCAAGGCCCCCUCCUUCCCCCAGGAGGGACCCUCGGGAGCUGCCUUUCUCGGGGGGGGCAGCUCGUGCCCCUGGUUCCUGGAUUAGUCGGGUUGCCCCCCAUUCUCUGGGCCUGGAGGGGCUGGAGUGUGUCUGUUUACACUAAGCCCCCCCUUGUGAGCUCUGUGCCCCCUAAGUCCCCCCCACCUGCACAAAGAGGGAGGGAACUCAAAGGGGGGGAGCUGGGCUGCCCCACCCUGGCAGCUCAGAGCAGCUGGGGGGGCUGCAAAUGGCCCCUCCAGCCCUGACCCCCUCAACCUGGGGCUGGACCAUGGGUGGGGGAGGUGUGGGGACUGCCCUCCCCCCAAAAGGGAAGAUGUUACACAAGGGGGGGGGCUGCAUCUCCUGCCUCUCCCCCCAUGUGGAACCCAGCCCCUCUUGGCCUGAGUCCCACCUGGGGGGGCAACGGUGGGGAGGACCAUGUGACUUGCCGUUGUAGGUGUUUCUAGCGUCCCGUCGUCUGCGGAGCCGAGCGCGUGUAUCGAUCUCCAUGUGACUGUAAUAAACGGGGGGUCACCCCCCCAUGCCACCCCA